GCCAGAGCAGCAAUGGCGGCGGGCGGCGGCGGUAGCGGCGACCCCCUGGCCCCGGCGGGGGUCCCCUGCGCCUUCUCCCCGCACGGGCAGGCCUACUUCGCUUUGGCUUCUACCGAUGGGCACCUGCGAGUGUGGGAGACAGCCAACAACCGGCUGCACCAGGAGUACGUGCCUUCCGCGCACCUCAGCGGUACCUGCACCUGCCUGGCCUGGGCGCCGGUGAGGCUGCAGGCCAAGGAAAGUCCUCAGAGGAAAAAAAGGAAAUCAGAAGCUUUAGGAACAAGUAACCAGACGGACUUAUUGGCUCUUGGUACAGCAGUUGGUAGUAUCUUAUUAUACAGUACAGUCAAAGGAGAAUUGCACAGUAAAUUAACAAGUGGUGGACAUGACAACAGAGUCAAUUGCAUACAGUGGCAUCAAGACAGUGGCUGUUUGUAUAGUUGUUCAGAUGAUAAACACAUUGUGGAAUGGAACGUACAGACAUGCAAAGUGAAGUGCAAAUGGAAAGGUGACAAUAGCAGCGUCAGUUCCCUAUGUAUCAGCCCAGAUGGAAAGAUGUUGCUUUCUGCUGGUCGAACAAUCAAACUCUGGGUUUUGGAGACCAAAGAAGUUUACAGACACUUCACAGGACAUGCGACGCCAGUGUCGUCACUUAUGUUCACCACUAUCAGACCUCCUAAUGAGAGCCAGCCCUUUGAUGGAAUUACAGGUCUUUAUUUCUUAUCUGGAGCAGUGCACGACCGGUUACUUAAUGUCUGGCAGGUCCGGUCAGAAAACAAAGAAAAGAACGCAGUCAUGUCUUUCACAGUUACAGACGAGCCUGUCUACAUUGACUUGACCUUGUCAGAAAACAAAGAAGAGCCUGUCAAGUUAGCUGUUGUCUGCAGAGAUGGCCAGGUGCAUCUCUUUGAACACAUAUUAAAUGGAUACUGCAAAAAGCCUUUGACUUCCAACUGCACAAUUCAGAUAGCAUCACCUGGGAAAGGCAAGAAGUCAACACCAAAACCCAUUCCUAUUCUUGCAGCUGGUUUUUGCUCAGACAAAAUGUCAUUGUUGCUUGUAUAUGGCAAUUGGUUUCAGCCUGCUAUUGAGCGAGUGGCUUUAAAUUCCAAAGAAACUCAUAUGUGUUUAGUAAGAGAUAUUUCAAACUGCUGGGCCCCAAAAGUAGAAACGGCUAUAACAAAGGUGCGAACCCCAGUGAUGAAUGCAGAAGCGAAAGUUCUGGUGCCCGGGCUUCCAGGGCAUCAUGCGGCCAUCAAGCCUGCUCCUCCACCAGCGGAGGGCAAGGAGAGCAAGAGGAAGUUAACGGGGAAUGAGGUUAGCAUCGAAGAGCGCCUGGGGGCCAUGGAUAUAGACGCCAAGAAAGGGAAGGACGAGCUGCAGACGAAUAGCUUUCCAGUUCUUCUCACACAAGGGCUGGAAAGUAACGACUUUGAAAUGCUAAAUAAAGUCCUUCAAACUAGGAAUUUAAACCUAAUAAAGAAGACUGUGUUAAGGAUGCCCUUGCAUGCUGUUAUUCCAUUGUUACAAGAGCUUACAAAGAGGUUGCAAGGACAUCCUAAUAGCGCUGUCUUAAUGGUUCAGUGGCUGAAGUGUGUGUUAACGAUUCAUGCUUCAUACCUAUCCACAUUGCCUGACCUGGUGCCCCAGCUGGGGACACUCUACCAGCUAAUGGAGAGCAGAGUCAAAACUUUCCAGAAACUCUCACAUCUUCAUGGGAAGCUGAUCCUUCUCAUCACGCAAGUUACAGCUUCGGAGAAGACGAAGGGUGCAGCUUCCCCAGAUCAGAAGGCAAAAGUGGUGUAUGAAGAAGAAUCUUCAGAAGAGGAAUCUGAUGAUGAAAUGCCAGACAAGGAUUCUGAUGAUAAUUGGGAUGAAGAUGAGGAGGAGAAAGAAACUGAGACUGAUGAGGAUGUUGAUGAAGAGAACGAGCAGGAAGAUGAGGAUGGUGAAGAAAAUGGUGAGGACAGAGAUGCGGCAAGUGAAAAAGAGUUAAACGGAGAUUCUGACUUAGAUCCUGAGAACGAGAACGAGAGCGAGGAAGAAUGAAGAUGCACACGCAAGCCCUCGGACCGUGCGUGUCCGCUAGCCCGCCUCGUGCUGAGCUGCAGUUCUGGGGAGGGGGUCGCUGUGCCAGGCCCCCCGGGGCCACGCCGCCUCUCCAAGGCCGAGCGUGCCGGUGAGCCCCUCGCCACAGACUUUCACUGUGUAAAUAAGAGUGUUUCAUUCAAAUGUUAAUAAACUUUACACAGUAAAUAGACACAUUUUCUGCAAUGUACUGACACGAGUGUCCGAUAUAUGGUCUAUUUUUAUAAUAUAUCCUAUUAUAAUUGGUUGUGUCCAGAACUGGCUUAAAGCCCAUGCCGUAGGGGUUCAGGAGCUGGACUGUUGUGAGGGGGCCAGCUCCUCUCUCAGCAAAUCAAGUGCAGGAUAGCACUAGUGAAAUCUUUAAUUUGUUCCUAAAUUAUGAAGGGGUAACUAAACUGGAGUAGAAAUGAUUGUGAUUUAAAAAAAAAUAUCACCAUAUCCCUUGCGGUCUCCUAGCUGUGGUCCUCUGGCUUGAGUCAGAUGGGAUAGUUGAAUGCUUCCCCAAAGUGGCCACUUAUUUUUUAAGCUGUCAUGUGGAAUAUUUUUUUAGAACAAAACAAAAAAUUAUGAUACUAAAAACAAAAGAAUUAGCCAUAUUACAGAUUUUUCUCGACUGCCGGUUGCUGUAAAGAAGCAUCAGUGUGUAGGUCUGGAAGUGCUCAUGACCGGCAACUUUUUAAAAACAGUCAUUGCUGCUUUUGAAGAGGUUUUCAUUUUUAUUUAAAUUACUAAUGGAUCAAAGAACAAUUGUUUAUUUUUUCUCUUUGGUUUUAGAUAUUAACGAUGACCUUGCUGGACAUUUUUUCCAAAGAAAAUAUUUUUAUAAUUCAAUAAUUUAAUGUUUAUCUUCCUUUUCAUUACCCACUCUUGGCAGUGUUAGGGUAUCUGUUUAUCCUUAAAAUAAUAAAUCUGACUCGAGAUUUUUACGUGUGUAUAAAUACAAGUAUUUUGGUGUGCUACAGAAGCCUUUUCAAAGGAUCAGUAAUAUUGUUUCUGCUUUGUUUGUUAAAGAGUGAGCGGAAUUUGCUUAGUGCUCACUAGGGGACAUGCAGAUGAAGCUCAUCUCUUAGCGAGGGCUGGGCAGAUGGAUUUAUUUCCUCCCACCUGUGAAUAUGUAAAACAGAACCAUCAUCUCGGAGGGACUCCGUAACAUCAGCAGCAGAACAGCGGUUUCCGGGCUCGAGUGACUGAGCUGGAGCCGUAAGAGCACCUUGGGAAGGCCAGUUGGAGCUGCUGGUGCCAUGUACAGUUAUACUUGUCUAUAAUUGGAGCUGUUUAUGGCGAUUUCAUACCAUUCUCUUUGUAAAGUGAAUAAAUACUCAUCUUUACACGGUGCUUGUCU